CUCAGUCUCAGUUUCGUGUUGCAAGAUUCCUUUACCUGGAGAAAUAUGUGUGUACAGUGAAUUAUUUUCAGAAUGUGCUAUUAAUUGUAUUUAUUCUGUUUUUAAACACGAAUGUGGUGCUUUAUAAGUGAUCAAUCCCUAGUUUAUUUAAGUGAUCUUCCCUUGUUAAACCUGUUCGACGCUAAAUGCUUCCUUCUCGAUUCUAACUUCCUGCUUGAUGUGUUCAAAUGUUCCUGACUGAAUACACAUGAGGAAUUGAACCAGCGUCACCUACGCUGAGCUUGCAGAAUGGACCCGGACACCACAGAUUGGCUGCGAGAGACUUUACGAAGUGUUCAAUUGGAACAGUUUUAUUUACCAAUUAGGGAUCAACUUCAGAUAACAAGGUUAGCCCACUUUGAUUAUGUACAUGAAGAUGAUUUGGAACAAAUUGGUAUCGCUAAGCCUGCAGUGCGCAGGUUAUUAGAAGAAGUAAGAAAAAGGAAGCAGAAAUUAUGGAUUCAGAAGUUUUGGACAAAAAUAUUUGGGACCACUUCAAAUUCAGUGGCUAAGGAAAAAGCUGGUUUGGCACCGGUAACACCCGCUGUAGUUUCUGGACGGUCAACAUGUAUUAUAUUAGAACAAGACAUUACGCUUCAAACCGAAUUAGGAAGUGGUUCAUUUGGUGUAGUAAGAAAAGGAGAAUGGCAAAUGCCGGACUCAGGAAAGACAGUGGCAGUUGCCGUCAAAGUUUUGAGGAAUGAUGUCUUUUCUCAGACCGGUGUCUAUGAUGACUUCCGACGAGAAGUCGAAGCCAUGCAUCAGUUGAAUCAUAAUAAUCUUAUUAAAUUACACGGUGUUGUGUUCCAUCCAUUGAUGAUGGUGUGCGAGUUGGCCCCUAUGGGUGCUUUACUAGACUACAUAAGAGCGCAGAAUGGAAGAGUCUCACUGAAGUUUAUAUCAAAAUGGUCGGAGCAAGUGGCAGGAGGCAUGGCUUAUUUAGAAAAAAGUCGGUUUUUACAUAGAGACUUGGCAUGUAGAAAUAUUCUGCUCAGCAGACUAGAUCUGGUAAAAAUCGGCGAUUUCGGACUAAUGCGAGCACUAUCCGAUGCCGACGAGUUCUACGUGAUGAGUGAAAGAAGAAAAGUACCGUUCCCUUGGUGUGCACCCGAGUCCUUACGGCAUAAACAGUUCUCACAUGCGUCUGAUGUGUGGAUGUUCGCCGUGGCCUUAUGGGAGAUGUAUUCCUUUGGAGAGGAGCCGUGGAUUGAUUUAAACGGAUCGGAAAUACUGCGACGGAUAAUGCGAGACGGACAACGGUUAGCGGCGCCUACGGCCUGCCCUCCAGAUGUUUACAUGCUCAUGAUGCAAUGCUGGGACGUGGACCCUAAGAAAAGGCCUACCUUCGAGGGCAUCCUUCGGUACAUUCAGGGGAACAAGUUUGAGACUGCCACAGCUGCGCUAAGUUAUCACAAAAAGGACCAAAUGACAGUGGAGGCGGGCGACGCGAUAGUUCUGAUAGACAAGCGGCCGGAACUACACUGGUGGAAGGGGCAGAACCAGAGGACUAUGGAAGUUGGACUGUUCCCUAGUACAAUCUUGAAACCAAUUAAAAGCAAAAUAGUACCUGGGUCCACUUUCAAGAAGACGUCACCCCCAAGUAAAGCUCAAACUGCAACAUCGCCAGUCGCAUCAGACGACACAGCGGUGGUACUACGAAACAAGCGAAAAACGAUCGAGUCAACCCAACCGCCGAGCACACGAGCAGCGAACGCUGGCAGCAAACAGUUUCACUACAACAAACUUAUCAAUGAUCGCACGUUAGCGUUGAAGAAGUUGGAGCGAGGAGCGCAUUCGAAAAGCUUGUCCCAAGUGAGAACAGACCUCCUGAUCGACUUGGACAUGCCGCCAGCGACGCGGAUGAGCGUGCCCGCUGCCAAGACAUCGACCAACAUGUCUCUAUUGGAUGAACCCAUUGAUGUGCCGGAAGCGAAUCGAUUAUCUGACUGGGGCGAGCCAAGCACAGACAGUCUACCAAGCUACUCGCAAUCUCUCCGAGCCCAAAGCGCGAAUCUCUACGGAGCCAAAUCUCUAGAUAACCUAUUCCUAUCCCAAUCCCUCAGUGAACCAGACCCUUUCGACACAUCCCAGUGCUGGCCCGUUACACCCCCGACCCAACCAAGACCCAACUAUAGCUUACAAGGUGAAUUCAGUACUGUACACACCCAAGAAUCUCAUACAUACUCGAAUAAUUAUACACCAUCCACUAGUUCUACUGUAGAUAAUAUUUAUAACAAUGCACCCGCCUAUCAAAGUAGCUCUAGCUCUAGUUUAGUUCUUAAUACCGGCAGCGUGACGCUUCCAAACAAUUCUAGUUAUAACCGGUAUGGCGCUGUCCCUAAUAAUUCUAACUACGGAACGGUUCCAAACCCAAGUGCCAACUAUAGUAUGCUUCCUAACAACAGUGUUGUACCUAAUGGGAUAUCACACAGUUCAAAAGCCCCCUACGGAUUACCACCAAACAAUACGUAUUCAAACUCGUUUAUAGAAGAAAAUGCAUCAUCAACCAAGACCGUUGCAGAGGCUCUAAGAGACAUAUCCUUGGACGAUAAAAUCUCAGAGUCUCUCAAUCUGAGAUCGAAAAACACAAAUAGCGAAAAUAUUUACGCAAAUCAAAAUGUAAAUGACGGUCCGUCCACGUCAGCCCCGCCUGCUUCGAGUCGAGAUGCGUUCGGUAUGCCGAUCUACGGAAACUUCGACGCUAACCCAGCCCAACAACAGUUUAUCUUAGAAACCGAAGAAUUCUACUCAAAACGGUCAAGCAACUACGACAAGAACAUCUUUGUACCCGAAAACGAGAAAGAAAAUGAGAAAUUGCAAAAUUUCAACGAAUCAGAUAGCACAAAGAAAUACUUCGCGUCGAAAUAUGACAGUUCUUUUUAUUCGGGCGGCAGUUUUAGCAGCGCUUCGACAUCGCGGGGGAAUUACAACUACACUGUUCCGAAUGACGCUUCCAGUAACAUUUACUCGGAGAUCGGUGACACUGAGAGCUUGUACGGUGCAAGUGGCGGGUAUGCCAACGCUCGAUUGUAUGACGUGGUGUAUGAAACUGCUCCGCCUCGGCCACACCGCCCGGCCCCGCCUUGCCCGUUCCAGCCUAAAUAGUUGCAAUCUUUACAUAGUCCCUUACAAUGCAAAUUGAAAUGUUAAUUAUUACGAUAAGUGUUUGCUGAAGAUUCACUGUACAUAGAGGUUGAAUGAUUUGCUGCGCUGGCGUGCCAUUGAGUACGAGUAAAAAUGACUCUUGCCCUAAAAUGGCACGACAUUUCAAUUGAUAUUUUCCGUUCUCUUUUUGUAUUUUCUGUUUGUUUAAUUGAUAAAGCCAAACCAUUGAUGUUACCGCAACUCUCCAUCGAAAUUGCCUCUAAAAGUACGGACGGAAAGUUUCCAAAAUUCUGAAAUUUUCACAUAGGAAAACUUCGGAAACUUUCCAUACUUUGUAUGGACGAAUGUAUGGAUGGAAAUUUUCCAUUUUAUAAAUUUAAAUUCCCUUUAUUUUUCGUGAAAAUUUCGUGAAUUUUUCAAGAAAUCUAAGAUUUUUUUGGAAAGUUUGCACAUCACUACCUAAAAGUAACAAACUGUAUAUAUGCUAUUGUCACCUGGCAUCAAACACGGUUAAGAUUUAAGUAAUUAGAAUCCUAGAUAAUGUACUGGGGUUAUUUGAGGCAAGUACAGUCCAGUUCAGUCACCUGGCACACGGGAACAAAAAUGUCUAAACACAAAUCUAAUACAUAUAUGAUUAUGAGAGUUAAGGCAUGCUCAUUAACGCCUCGGUGUGUAUAUGUAAUACGACUGUACAUUGCGAUUUAUUGAUGACAAAUGAAUAAUAGAAUGACGAAUGAUUAUGAAUUAUUCAAAUUAAUAUCUUCACAUAUAUCUGGGUAAUGUUUGCUGCUAUAUUUUAUAUGACAAUGGAUAGUUUUACAUUAUGUCUCCAUAGUAUUUACGUUUUACUCGAACAUCACACGGUGCCUCACUACUAAGUACCUGUUAGAUUAGUUGCUAAUAUAAUUAAGAUGUGACUCUUUUGCAACUUUGUCUUAUUUAUUCAAAUCCAUGUUUGUAACGUCAAUAACUAUGAUUUUAAGGAUUGCAUCAUUCUUAAGGAAUGAUUAAGAUUGAAGUUUUUGAUGCAAAAAUUUUAGAUUUUUUUCCUAAGAACGAUAGUCUUCUAGUUUUGACACCGAAAUAAUUGGUUGUACUUAAUAAAUGCAGCUAAUAAUAACUGUCCUAUGAUUUUGUGAUUGUAUUAUAAUUAUAGUAUUAACCUUUGGAGAUAUUAUGCGUUGAUAUUCGUUGUAAUACUUUUUGUGCGUUUUCGCAAACCUUUUAAAUCUUUAGAGUUACAUCAUGUAUGUAGGUAGCUAAAUGUAUUAAAAUAAAGAGUAGUUAACGAUAAAUAAAUCCUGGAUUCAAAAAGGCAGAGGCUAGUCCCCAAUAAUUAUGUAUCAACUUGAAGAUUUUAAAAGAUAAUGAGAUGGUGAAAGAAUAGUGGUUAUUAAUUUCUGAAAGUCGUAAAAUAAGGACACCCUGACAAGGGUACAAAAUGUAUAAGUAUAGACUAUUUUUGACAAUUAUUGUUUAAAUCUUGUUGUUAUCUAGAAAUAUAUUCCUUCAUAUGAAUCUACUUUCUGUGGUAUAUGUGAAGUGUAUUUCAAUGGUAGUUAUAAACGCAACUGUCCGCUGUGCGGUAUCUUUGCGAAGUUAAUUCUAAAGUGAUAUUAUAAGGGCGCGGACCGAACGCGCGCUUUUAGCGGGACGGUGAACGUUGCGAUCGCCGCUGUCUAAAACAGAUCCAUUCAAUUCUAUAAAUUUUGAUCAUGCCGCACGAACAGUAGUUCAUCACUCCGCGGGUCGCCCAGUUCCGAUCGGCACGAAUGAAAUGUAUAGACUUGAAUGAAACUGGUUUAAACGACAGCGGUUGCCACUUGCUCUCCCACCGGCUGCAUCGCUUGAUGCGAAUCGCACCGUGCAUUCAGUUCGUAGUCUUAGGAGUUUCUUUAUAACUGUUCAAUACUAUAGUACAAGUAGCGGCAAGAGACUAGCGCUCACAGUUAUUUCGCAGAAGUCAAAAACUGGUCUCUCAAGGGGUUACAGGGGGCGAAGAGUAUGUGUCCCCAUAUGCAGCUGUCCCCUCCACAUUUCACUCAGCGCUAAACUUGCGUGCCGCUAUUUGUAACGAUUACGCCUCGGAAUCAGCGAAACGGUAUGGGCACUGGGCAGAUUUACCAAGGACUUCUAAACAAAACAUUGAUGUUAAAACUGUAAAGUGAAAACAUUUUCAUCUUUUAAUGAUAUCUCUAAAUGUAAUAUUAGUUGAAAACUUAUUGUUGAAGCUAUUAUUUUCUGCAUUUCAGUCUCUUAUUUCAUGAGCGUUUGUUGAGUGGGAUCUGGAGAUCAUUGGAUGAUGUUCAUGAUGUUAUUUUGUAAAUAUUCACUUGUAAGGGAGAGAAUAUUGUCAGGUGACAUUCAAAACUCAUUCAUUACUACCACAAGUUCAUAGCCAUAUUGAGCUGUAUAAGUACCGUUGUAAUGUCGAUAUUUGUUUUAAUAUUAUUUAGUAAUUAAUGAUUUUUUCCUUUCACCUGACGAUAAACGUCGAUAUAAAGGUAUAAUGGUGCAAUAGAACAACACAUCACAAGAAAUAUUCAUUUUGAAAAUGAAAAUCAUAAUAACUAACAUGAGAUAAAAAGGUUUCAAUUGGCAAGUCAUUGCUUUACAAUUUUAAGGUGUGCAUGGACUUUUAAGAGAUGACUGAUUAUUUAAAGUUUGUGCCUAUUUAUUGUACAAAUGUAUCAAAUUAGUUAUUUUCUGACUAAGUAGUGUGAUCGCGUUUUUUGUCUAAAUUUUGUCUGAGGGAGAUACGAGAUUUGAAGACGUUUUGAUUUAUAACAUAAGAUAUAAAUAACGUUCAAAAUAUUAUUUAUAUCUGAUGUAAAGAAAGAAUGUAAAACUGAGAUAAAUGCGAUCAUGCUAUAGCCAGUCUUUUACCCCUAUUUGUUGAAAGUGCUGACUCCACACUCAAUCGUUGGUUUAAUAACUUCAGUAGAUAGAUAUAUAUCGAUUUGAUCGAGUAGCGAAGUAUUUUGGGUUAUUAGCGCGAGUGUGGGAGCAGCAUUUGGUAUGUUUUUACGGAGUGUCUAUAAACUGUACAGUGCUAAAGUAAAAAUAAGUGGAUUAAUAAAAACUUAUUGGCUUCGUAAUAUUU